AUGGCUACCAAACGCGCGAUGCUGGCUGCAGCUCUUAUUGGAGGAGUAUCUGCCCUGGUAGCGCCAAAGGCCACCGAUACAAUCUGCGGAGCAACCUGCAUCGACGGGGUAGAUGACUGCGGCCAACCAUAUAGACUCUGCUACGAUCCCUGUACUGAAUCAGCUCCUGCACCACCUCCCUGUGUGGCUCCCAUUAUCAAGACCUAUUAUCCAACACCUGUACCAACACCCGCCCCAGGAGAGAUUUUGGAUUGCAGCACAAUCACUGUGUGCGUGGAUGGCAUAAAUAGCUGCGGUAUCCCAUUUAACGACUGUAUUCCAGACUGCAAGCCUUGGAAUAUCUCCACGCCUCCAUGUCCAGCAGAUCUCAAUGCUAUUGUCCCGCGGAGCCGUAAGACUCCACAGAUUCUCCCACGGGGCCCUACCAUCCCGGCGAAAGAAGUGCCGGAACCAACUGCAACACCGGGAUCAACUACAACACCGGGAUCAACUACAACACCAGAGUCAACUGCAACAUCGGGAUCAACUGCAACACCAGGAUCAACUGCAACACCAGAGUCAACUGCAGCGCCGGCGCCGACUACGGUGUCUGAGCCGACUACAACGCCAGAACCGACUACAGUGCCAGAACCGACUACAGUACCUGGAUCGACUACGGUAUCAGCGGACACUUCGACACUGGGAGACGUUGUGCCUUGGAGUGAAGAAGGAUCUCAGUGGUAA